AUGGCUAAAUCCUCCCACCGCGGUGGAGGUGGAUCACUCCUUCCCGCCACCCAUAACCACACGUGGAAACAUCCCCGAAAAUCCCGCAAACCACCGACAAGUAUCUCCUUCACCGUUGGACUCCCCGUUUUCCUUAUCCUCCUUUUCAUCCUCAUUACCUUCUCAUCCAACUUCCAGCUGGCCGUCCAAAAGCACCCGGCCGUGCAGCCGAUGGUGGCAACGGCGGAUAUAACGACCAAGGGGUUGUAUGAUAAGAUGGAGUUCUUGGAUGAGGAUGGAGGAGCUUGGAAGCAAGGGUGGAACGUGAGUUACAAAGGAAACGAAUGGGAUGAUGAUGAGAAUAAAUUGAAGAUAUUUGUGGUUCCACAUUCCCAUAAUGACCCUGGUUGGUUGCUCACCGUCGAGGAAUAUUAUGCUCAGCGCUCCAGACACAUCCUGGAUACCAUCGUUGAAGCUUUGUCCAAGGACAGUCGGCGUAAAUUUAUAUGGGAGGAGAUGUCUUAUCUGGAGAGAUGGUGGAGGGAUGCAUCGGAUUCCAAGAGAGAGUCUUUCAUCAGUUUGGUGAAGAAUGGACAGUUAGAAAUCGUGGGAGGUGGUUGGGUGAUGAAUGACGAGGCAAAUUCACAUUUUUUCGCCAUUCUUGAACAGAUAACCGAGGGGAAUACAUGGUUGAAUGAAACUGUAGGUGUUAUACCUAAGAAUUCUUGGGCUAUAGAUCCUUUUGGUUAUUCACCCACAAUGGCGUAUCUUCUGCGUCGCAUGGGGUUCGAGAACAUGCUUAUACAGAGGACACAUUAUGAAUUGAAAAAGGAACUGGCCCUGCAUCAGAACUUGGAAUAUGUAUGGAGGCAGAGCUGGGAUGCGGAUGAAACCACCGACAUUUUUGUUCACAUGAUGCCCUUCUAUUUUUAUGACAUUCCACAUACUUGUGGACCAGAUCCAGCAGUUUGUUGUCAAUUCGACUUUGCUCGAAUGCCGGGGUUUGAAUACCAACAUUGUCCGUGGGGACAGCAUCCAGUUGAGACUAAUCAAUCAAAUGUCAAGGAGAGAGCAACCAAGCUGCUUGAUCAGUACAGGAAGAAAUCAACACUGUAUCGAACAAAUACACUGCUUGUUCCUCUUGGAGAUGAUUUCCGAUAUGUCAGCAUUGAUGAAGCAGAAGCCCAGUUUAGGAACUACCAGAUGCUAUUUGAUUAUAUAAACUCUGAUCCUACCUUGAAUGCCGAAGCGAAAUUCGGUACUCUUGAAGAUUACUUUCAGACUCUGCGUGAGGAGGCUAAGCGAGUUAAUUAUUCGCGGCAUGGUGAGGUUGGAUCUGCUCAAAUCACAGGUUUUCCUUCUCUAUCGGGUGAUUUCUUUACCUACGCGGAUAGACAGCAAGAUUAUUGGAGUGGUUAUUAUGUUUCUCGGCCUUUCUUUAAGGCGGUUGAUCGCGUACUUGAACACACACUUCGUGCUGCAGAAAUAAUGAUGGCUUUUUUAUUGGGAUAUUGCCAGAGAGCUCAGUGUCAAAAGUUACCAACUGGAUUCUCCCCUAAGCUGACAGCUGCUCGAAGGAAUCUAGCUCUAUUCCAGCAUCAUGAUGGGGUAACUGGUACAGCCAAGGAUCAUGUGGUUCAAGACUAUGGAACAAGGAUGCAUAUGGCAUUACAGGACCUCCAACUUUUUAUGUCCAAGGCCAUAGAGGUAUUGCUUGGAAUCCGAAAUGAAAGUGAUGAUCAGUAUCAAGCUCUAUUUGAGCCAGUCCAAGUACGGUCUAAGUAUGAUGCUCAACCAGUUCAUAAAGUAAUCACUGCCCACGAAGAGACAGUACAGACUAUUGUGAUUUUCAAUCCGCUGGAGCAAGUACGAGAUGAGAUUGUUAUGGUCAUUGUUCAGAGACCGGAUGUAACAGUUCUGGACUCAGAUUGGAGGUGCAUUAAGAGCCAGAUUUCUCCUGAUUGGCACCAGAACAGUAGCACACUGUUUUCUGGAAGGCAUCGUCUUUACUGGAAAGCUUCUGUACCUGCAAUGGGAUUGCAAGCAUAUUAUAUAGCUAAUGGUAUUGUGGAAUGUGAAAAGGCCGAACCGGCAAGAAUACGCAUAUCUAGUCCUGAUCAUUUACCUUGUCCUGCUCCAUAUGCUUGCUCAAAGGUGGAAGGUGACAGCAUUGAAAUCAGUAAUCAACAUACAAAACUCACCUUCAGUGUUGAGUUUGGUUUAUUGCAGAAAAUAACCCGGCAGGAUGGUUCUGAAAAUGUUGUGAAUGAGGAGAUAAGUAUGUACGCCAGCACUGAAAGUGGAGCAUACUUGUUCAAACCUACUGGAGAUGCUCAGCCCAUCAUCCAAGCCGGUGGGACAUUCGUAAUUUCCGAGGGCAACAUGGUUCAUGAAGUGCACUCUUUUCCGAAAACAGCUUGGGAAAAAGGCCCGGUUUCCCACAGUACUCGAAUUUACAAUGGUGAGAAGACCAUACAGGGACACAUGAUUGAGAAGGAAUAUCAUGUUGAGCUACUUGGAUCCGAUUUCAAUGACAAAGAGUUGAUAGUUAGGUACAAGACUAAUAUUGAUAACAGACGCAUUUUUUACAGCGACUUGAAUGGGUUCCAGAUGAGUCGUAGAGAAACUUAUGACAAGAUCCCUCCACAGGGAAAUUACUAUCCAAUGCCCUCGCUUGCCUUUAUGCAAGGAUCAAAAGGGUCGCGCUUCUCAGUCCAUACACGACAGGCACUGGGUGUGGCAUGCCUUGAGGACGGACAUUUGGAGAUCAUGCUUGAUCGGCGCCUGACUAGAGAUGAUGGACGUGGUCUUGGCCAAGGAGUGAUGGAUAACCGGCCAACUAGUGUAGUUUUCCAUAUUCUCUUGGAGUCAAAUAUAUCAGCUCCAGCUAAUCCUUUAUCGAACUUUCAUCCCUUGACUCCUUCUCUUCUCUCCCAUUUGGUUAGUGCUCACUUGAAUUAUCCCCUGCAUAUAUUUAUAGCCAAGAAGUCUGAGGAGAUAUCUAUGAGGCCACCACCUCCUAGAUCUUUCUCCCCUUUGUCAGCGCCCUUGCCUUGCGACUUGCAUGUGGUGAACUUUAAGGUUCCUCAUCCUUCAAAAUAUUUCCAGCAGCCACUUGAGGAGAGCAGGUUUGUUUUGAUUUUGCAGAGACGGCAUUGGGACGCAUCUUAUUGUCACAAGAGCAGGUCAGACUGCAAGAGUGUUGCUAAUGAGCCAGUGAGUUUGUUCGAGAUGUUCAAGGGGAUUGCAGUAUCAAAAGCACAAGCCACUUCGUUGCACCUUUUACAUGAUGACAUAGAAAUGUUGGGUUACAGUAAACAGUUUAAGGAUGGUGCACCAGAAGGGCUUGUCCUCAUAUCUCCCAUGGAGAUACAGGCCUACAAGUUGGAUGCUCGGCAUCAAGAGUGA